UGGUUGAUUGCCAGUUGUAUGACAGUCGUAGAACCGCACGCACGUAAUCAUAGUUGACCGAAGAUCCCUUGCUCUCGUCGUUUCCUAGAGUUUUGUGUUGUUUGCGCCUAUAGCGGUGACGUUUAUUUCGAUGUGGCCCCAAUUGUUGUCGCAGUCGUUGAUGCCGAUGUCGUUGUCCGUUGCGUCGUAGCGAGUGAGUGGAGAUCGUGUGACGUGCACCGGGAGAUAAGAAUUAUCGAUUUUCUCUGGCUCGGGUGUGUUUUGGAGUAGAAGGAAGUUGCGUGAAAUUAUAUCGCAAGAGGUGACACUUUAAGAGUUUAAACGAAGAAGUGCAGUAGAAUUGCUGGAAACUGGGAGUGAAAGUGGUGUUGUUGAAGAAAAUUGGAUAGCUGUGUUGAAGUGCUUGUACAUUAUUGAUCUGGCUGAUGUGUGGAAACAUUUAGAACAAGGACAGCUAAGAUUUAUGUUAAAAUCAUCAGGAAUGACUGUAACUCCGAUACGUAUGGCGAUGACCAGCCCGACGGUUCCCGCGCAACAGAAGAGUGCCUCGCGGAUCAGUAACUUUAGUGUGGCGUCACUGUUGGCCGAUACGCGGCCUAAGACGCCAUCCAGUGUAUCGGCCGUCACGGAAGUGCUAUUACCGGCUAAUCUGUCCCACGCGAGUAGUUCACCCCGAUCAGCUCAUGACAGUGGAUCGAUUAAGAAUGACCUGGAUCGAUCGGACACUCCGCAUAGUUUGCUGGAAUCGGACGACUACGAUUCAAAUCAGGAGGACUCGAUAGUAGACAUUGAGGAUAUCAAUAACGAGAAUAGUAGUUCACAGCCGGGUCUACCGGAUAAUAGUUCACCAGCACUCCUGCAGCAAUCGGCAGCCCUGGCAGCCGCCGGACAUGUUCCUAUUCGACCCACACCAUUCAGUGCCCUGGCGGCAGCAGCUGCAGCUUGGGGCGGUAUGAGUGGUGGUAUGCCUUGGCCUGCAGCCGCAGCUCGGCAGAUGCCCCCUUUUGGUCCACCCGGUCUGUUUCCCGGACAGGGCUUCGGAUCGGGACAAUUAGGUGGAGCUUGCAGACAACUAGUUGCACUCUUUGAUAAUGAACCUCCCCGCAUCAAGUGCAACCUCCGGAAGCACAAACCGAACCGAAAGCCCCGAACCCCCUUCACCACCCAGCAGCUCCUGUCCCUCGAGAAGAAGUUCCGGGAAAAGCAGUACCUCAGCAUAGCCGAGCGGGCCGAGUUCAGUUCUUCGCUUCGGCUCACCGAAACGCAAGUCAAAAUCUGGUUCCAGAACCGACGGGCGAAAGCGAAACGACUCCAGGAGGCCGAGCUGGAAAAGAUCAAGAUGGCAGCUCUCGGACGAGCACCCGGAGCCCAGCUUUACAUGGGCUACUUCCAUCCCAGCCUGAUGGGCGGGGCGAUGCAUUUAGGCUGAAGCCAUCCGGCACCCUCAAACCUGCAUCCUCAUCAACAGUGAAGGACUGUCGUGUUCCAAAGCUAGCAACCAUCCUGUUCUGUGAAUAUUAGCCUGUAGGAUCUCGCGUAUUGUAAAAAGUAUCUCGAUCAACAAAACCAAAUUAUUACUAUACAACACUUUUCUUCCCCCAAACGGUUUACCUUCGAAGAAAAACGAGUCUCUCUCACCCUACCACAAAAAGGGGUCUACAAAUAUGUAAAUGAAGAAUUGUAGCAAAAGUUUCCACUAACCAGAAGCACAAGGGCUCAGCUUACUCUAUUUAUUAUUACCACAUCCAUCCCAAAACCACAGACAAACAUACGUAACACUUGAAAAGAUUUCCUUUAAAAAUUGUCUCAUUUCACUCAGUCAUGAAGGCGCUGUGAAACGUCAAGCACGAAGUUAAACGAUUCACGCGUCCCUGGUUGUGAAAUAUGGAACGCAGACAACUUGAACUGAUUGUUUAAAACCCGGUUAACAGUAAACCCAUCAGUGUUACGUAUGUUUGUCUGUGUAAAAACUAUUCAUUUUAGUUGAAAAAUCACAAACUCUUUCCGACCCAAAAAAAAGUCAGACGCUCAGUUGUUGUUUGCAUUGAUUUAAAAUUCGAACGAAAACAAAAAUCGUCGGAGCGAGGCCCUAGCGAGUGCCAGCUUGUAAAUAUUAGUCCAAUCAGCCAAAAAGAGAGGAAAACGGUUCGAAAAACAAUUAAUUUCGGCACUUCGGCCGGUCGUCACCCGGGGAUCCUCACGCAUCACGAUUUCGUUUGAACAAAAAAUGCUUUUGUAAAUAUUUAAAUUCACGAUGAGCCCCGCAAGAAAGGUUAUUAUCUGGCUUAAUUAUUGUCAAACACUGAGACGGAGAAUUCACGCGUGAGAGUUGACAGAAGAACUGAAGUCUCGGGAAGGAGGAAAAAAUUAUGGAGCCCAACCGUGAGGACAAACUUGUGUAUGUGUAAAUAGUCUUUGUAAUUCCUAAUCGUCGGAAUAUAGAAAACCGUGCAAAGAACCGUUUUGUAAAUAUAGUCUGUAAGAGGGAAGGUUAGGAGAACAAAGCAAUUGCAGUCGUCGACUGUGCCACGUGUAAUUUAAAACGGAGUUUGAUUUGUUGGAAGAAUGAGCUAAAGCAAAUAAUUAUUGUACGUCUUCUAGGAUAAGGCUAAACUUAAUGAAAAAUGUAUUGUAAAUGAAUGAAAAGCAGUCGAAAAGGCGGAAACGUUUAGCGGUACAUAAAGAGGCAAGAGAAACAAAGUGAUUGAAAUAUGAUCAACUCUUGGAAGGAACAAUAAAACAAUGUCACAAAUUAUCGAAAA